AUGUCCCAUCCGUCCAUUCUGGCCGCCGCCAGCCACCUGAUCUCCUCCUCGUUUUUCGCGCGCUCCCAAUCGCGAGCCAGCCUCCAGAUCCACCCGCAGACUCCACCUUCUCCUCGAAUCCUCGCCCAGCCGCUCGAGUCUCUGCUCGUUGACCCUGCGCUCGGCCGUGCAGCCGCCUCGGACCGUGACCACAGGAGCAGGAGCUCCUCUGCUCGCGCACCAGCGCCUGUCCCUUGGUACCUCCUUCCUCCCGUCCUCGAGCUUGCCGGAGGCCUCCGAUGCCGCCGGAGCAUCAGCAGCCAACAAGAUGAGCACCUGCCGCGCCCCCUUUCUCCGGUCCUUCCGCUUCUUCCCGUCCCUCUCUUACGUUCUCUCACUUCGGCUCAUAUCUCUCUCUCUGUCCCUAUACUUGCUGUAGCAGGAGAUCGCCAUAGCCGCUGUUUGUCCUCGUCCCCGCCCUUCGGAUUCGCGCCGAUCGGCCUCCUCCGCGACCUCCCCUUCCGACUGGAGUCCCUCGCCGCUGCAACUCCCUCGAACAAGAUCGGGGUUGAGCCUCCCGCUCCUGCUGUCCUCGUUGACCCGCGCCCGUCUGCCUCGGAGCCGUCCUCCACCGCUCCUCUGCAUCGCUCGCCCACGCCAUCUUCAGUGUCACCGCCGCCAUCUUCUUCUUGGAGUCCCGCCAAGUCCCUGGACUACCUUCUCUCGCGCGCCGGUCAAGGAUCCGGUCUGGAUCGACCUCCCACGCCCAAGACCGCGCCGCCGGCCCUGCAGUCCCGCGUCAAGUCCCCUGCUUCCUCUGCGUCGAGGACGCGUCGUCCCCGCGUUGACCGAUCCCAAACGCCUCUGCGUCCAGGAGCAGCACAGCCCUCCAAGGCCGGCCCAGGCACCAAGGCCCAGCCGCCCGCAAUACGCACCGGCGCCUCCUUCUUCCCCUCCAGAUCUAGCCUGCCCGAGCCGCUGCACUGA